AUGUCAAGUGUUAACGGUGAAAGUAGCAAAGGACCAAUACCACCCAGGUGGCUUCACUGCCCCCGAAAGUCAGUAAAAUUAAUCCACAAUAAAUUUCUAGCUUUCAAAACACCUCUAUCGACUCACUUCGACGACCAGGUGUCAGAAGACUGCCGCUUUAACGUUGACAUGCUGUUCGCCUCAGUGAAGAGCGAGCGCCUGAAAAUAGGGUUAUGGAUCGACCUGACAAACACCAACCGCUUCUACGAAAAAGAUGACGUCGAGGCUUACGGGUGUAAAUAUUUUAAAUUACAAUGUCGCGGACACGGCGAGACUCCGUCUCGAGAUCAGUCGAAGACUUUCGUAGAAAUCUGCAAAAACUUUAUCGCCAAGCACCCGCUGGAGAUAAUCGGAGUACACUGCACCCACGGGUUCAACCGUACGGGUUUUUUGAUAGUCAGCUACCUGGUGGAGACCGACCAGUUCAGCAUCGACGCAGCUUUGAAUAUUUUCUCAGCAAUGAGACCGCCAGGUAUUUACAAAGACGACUAUAUAAAAGAACUCUUCCGUAGGUACGACGACGUGGAUGACGCUCCAGCAGCCCCACCGAGACCCGCCUGGUGCCUCGAGUAUGACGACGACGACGACGACGUAGAUGACGACGUCUACCACCAGUCCGCCAGCGGGAACCAGUCUCACGGAAGACGGAAGCGCGAGUACGUCAACAAAAAUCCAGUCUUCAUGGCCGGGGUUCCUGGCGUGGUUGUAGUAAACGACCACGCAAAGUCUUCCGGGAUUCAACGGCGAGUCCAGGAAAUAUGCGGGUGGAACUCCAGUGGGUUCCCGGGCUCACAGCCUGUCUCCAUGGACAGAAACAACAUAAAUAAACUCAGUGAAAAGCCUUACCGCGUUUCUUGGAAGGCCGACGGCACGCGGUACAUGCUGCUCAUCCAGGGUGGCAAUGAAUUAUUUUUUAUUGACAGAGACAACAGUGUCUUCCAGGUUUCCGGACUGGCGUUCCCGCAUGCUCAUGACACGAUGAGGAAUUUAAAAGACACUCUGCUGGAUGGUGAAAUGGUGAUCGACCGCGCUGACGGAAAAGAGUACCCCCGGUAUUUAGCCUACGACAUUAUCAUGUACGACGGCAAGGACGUCAGCAAGAAACCCUUCUUUCCUGACCGAUAUGCGUUGAUUGAAAAAGAAGUCAUGGGUGGAAGGUACCGUGCGCUUAGAGAAGGACGUCUUCGACGAGAACGCGAACCUUUUUCUGUGAGGUUGAAACAGUUUUAUGAUAUCGCGCAAACCGGUAGUUUGCUCAGUGAAAAAUUCGCCAAGCAGCUGGGACACGAGCCCGAUGGAUUGAUAUUCCAGCCUGCUAAAGAUCCUUACGUUCCGGGAACCUGUGAUAGCGUCCUCAAGUGGAAGCCUCUCAGCUUGAAUUCUGUGGACUUUAAGCUCAAGAUAGUGACUGAUUCGGGGCUUGGUAUUCUGCCUACCAAAAAGGGCAUGCUCUUUGUCGGUGGACUCAAUGAGCCCUUUGACAAAAUUGAAAAGCCGAGUAAAGCGGUGAGAGAGCUUAAUAAUAAAAUAAUUGAAUGCAAGUGGGAGAAUAAUAAGUGGGUAUUUAUGCGUGAGAGAACGGACAAGUCCUUCCCGAACUCCUACAAGACUGCGGUGUCUGUUUGUCAAAAUCGAACAGUUCAAAUUUGGUGUACCAAGGACCUGGCGUCGAAGGAGCGUAAAUCUCUUCGGGUUAAUAUUGAUUAUGAUUUUGCGACAAAUGUCAGAGUUUCUCCGGAUGGCAAGGCGUUUAUUAUCCACAAAUCGUUGAGUAAUAAUGUCGAGGUCUAUGGACUCAGGAAAAAACCCAAUGGAUUUUUUGUGUCAGCGACUCUCGUCCUCGAGUUUCCAAAACGCCAUCAAGAAGACAUUGUGGGAAUGGAGAUAGCUUGUAAUGGCCGUUUUAUAAUGACUUGUGGAAAAACAAACGACUUGAUUAUCUGGGACCUCAAGGGAGAAGUUUUAGCUACUGUUGAUACAUAUUUGGGAACAACACAUAUGGCUAAAAUUUCACCUUGUGGGCGUUUCAUUGCUGCUUCUGGCUUUACGCCAGAUGUCAAAGUUUGGGAAGUUGGAUUUACUAAAUCAGGAGAAUUUAAACAAGUUACCACAGCUUUUAAUCUUGGUGGUCAUUCAUCAGGGGUUUAUGAUUUUGAUUUUAAUGCUGAUUCUAGUUUUAUGGCUUCUGUUUCUAAAGAUGGUACCUACCGCCUUUAUGAUACCAAAGUUGAAUUUGAAAAGGGUGAAGAUCCACAUUUUGUACUAUCAGGAACUUGGGAAAAUGUAACACCAACUAAAAUGGUUAUGUCACCAAAUGGUGAAGUCUUGGUAAUUACCCAUGGAUCAUCUUUGUCAUUUUAUUCAACAAUAAGUGGGAAAUUAGACACUACCAUUGAAGAUAUAGGUUUUGUGUCAUGCUUAACGUUCGAUGCAUCAGGAGAGUAUCUUUUGGUAGCUGUCGAUCGUUUUAUUCGCAUAAUUCGCAACAUUCCAGGCUACCGUGCCGCAAUAGAAUCAGCGAAACGCAAAUUGGAGCAACGACAAACGUCAGCAACUAAAGAACGGCUCGAAAAAAUAAUCUCCAAUUCGACCAAAUUUCUGGAGUCAAUGGGCGAGCGAGUUUUAUGA